UUUAAAGCUAAAGCGCUUAGAGGCCCCUCUUGUUGAACAUAAAAAGUACCCAUUUUAAUUUAUUAUUAAAACUACACACUCUGUGUAUGUACUUAAAUUGUUUAUGAUUUUGUAAUAUCACUGGCACUAAGUUAUAACUAAAGUUUAUAACCUAUAGGUAAUGUAUACAUGUUGCUUUGGUGGUUUACCCAAUUAUUGUAUAAAACAAAACACACUUUAAGGUUAGCACACGGUUGUUAAAUGUCACUUCUUAAAUAUGGAUCUCGAAGGAGAAUUUAAAAAAAUCUCCAGAGUUGCAUCGUUUGGAAACAUCAGAGAUCUUCCAUCGCAUGUAAACAUGUCUGGAAAACUGGAAAUACAGUGGUCUCCGAUACCGAACAGGUUUAUAACGUGGGGGUCAGAUGUCACCCUGUACGAGGUUCAACCCCUAAGAGAUUCUUACACACAAGUUUCUGGGGUAACUAAGAUAUCGAAUAAAUCAUGCGCGCAUAUUAUUGCGACAAACCCUAACCACCUAUAUGUUAAAAGUAUUGAUAUUUACCCGAAACCCCAUUCCGAUGUGUUAAUGGCAAUAGGCAUUUCCAAUGGUAAAGUAUUGCUGUCCACUUUUGGGCCUUCGGAAUACGAUUUAUACGGAUACCCCGGCAAAGAAUUAGUUCCUAGACAUGGCAGGCAAUGUAAUGUAGUGUCCUUUAACCCCAAUGAGCCCAACUUGAUAGCAGCAGGGCUGGAUAAACAUAGACAAGACAAUUCUGUACUGAUCUGGGAUAUUUCAAAGCUAGCUCAUGAACCAAACUCCUCAAAAAUUGCAUUUCAUCCUGUAUCCAGCGAUUAUGUACGACCGGUUGCCGAAUUUGGCAACGCAGAAUUCGCGCACAGUUUGUCUUGGUUCAGAACUAAUAGCAAGUUAAUUGCUUGUGGGAUGAAUUUGAAGCAUUUGAGGAUAUAUGACAUAAGAGAUCACUCCAAAAACGUGGUAUCCACCCCCACCAAGGCGGUGUAUGGCGUUUGUUUAAAUCCUAGGGAUGACAGGCAAAUAGCCUCAUUUUUCGAUAACCAAAUUUCGGUUUGGGACACCAGAAAUUUCGAAAAACCUGUCCUGGUUAUAACACCUCUAAAACCCAUAGUAAAAAUAGCUUGGUGUCCAACAAAGAUAAACAUGGUUGCCUCAGUUCAGAAAGAGAGCUCUGUUGUCAAUUUGUAUGAUAUACAACAAACCACUGUUUCCAAUGAGGAUGUGGAACCUGUUAUUUUGGAGAGGGUUGUAACUCCUGGCAGUUAUCAUAACAUUGCGUCAAUUUCAUGGCACCCUACUGACGAAAAUAGAUUUCUAUCUAUUGCAUCCAAUGGUGUGAUUUCUGAUUACACCGUUUAUGACCGAAUAACACUUAACUGGUCGCCCAUAUCUAAUGUUAUGUGGACGUAUGGUAGAAAAGCUUUAAAAUACGUAAAAGAGUUUGAAAUUGACGAUAUUUCUUAUAAAAUUCGCCAGAGAGCUAAAAAUAACUACGGACUAGAGGAUCAACUCGAUAAAAACGAUUUGGCGAUAGACAAUAACGAUAUGUUGGCGAGCGUGUGGAAUUGGUUGCAUUUGAGCAACAAGUUGGCGGAAGAUGGCGCUAUAAGGCGCACAAAUAUUAAACACCCUGGAGUGCAAACCAUCCUUAAAAUUGACCCAGAAAAUAAUAAAUCCGAAACGGUUAUUGAGAGUUGGAUAGAUUUGGGCAAUCCCAAUUGUAAAGGUUCCGCCAAAUACUACAAACAUGAAGAUAGGGAACAAGCAAUUCGGCUUUGCGGAUGGCCGGUAGAUUUCCUUCCGGAGUACCUUAAAAGUCUGGAGAAGGAGAACGAGUUCACGAGAGCCGCAGCCAUAUCGGUUUUUAACCUUAAAAUAAAGGCGGCAAUAGAAUUGCUCACCAGGGUUCCAGACGCUUCCGAAUAUUCCUCCAGCCUCAACAUAGUAGCGAUGGCGUUGGCUGGAUUUUCGGAUGAUAAGAGUAGCGUUUGGAAGCAGUUUUGUACUAAUUCCAGAAGUAAAAUAACCGAUCCCUAUUUGAAAGCGAUGUUUGCUUUUUUGACUGACGAGAACAAUAAUUAUGACGAUAUUUUGAAUGAAAGAGGUAUGUCAGUAGGCGAUAGAGUGGCGUUUGCUUGCAUGUUCUUGCCAGAUAAUAAAUUACUGGAGUACUUACAAUCCACAACUGAGAAACUGACUGAAGAAGGGAACUUGGAUGGUCUUUUGCUAACAGGUAACGAUACGGAGGGUUUAAUUCUUCUACAAAAAUAUCUUGACACUACAGCUGAUAUUCAAUCAACAGCUCUUAUAGCUAUGCGAGCUUUUUAUACAGAACUGGGAAAUGAAACUGUUAAGUUGUGGAUCGAAAGUUAUAGAAAUUUGUUGGACACCUGGAAGUUGUGGCACGAAAGAGCGCAAUUCGAUAUAAAACUGGCUCUUUUCAGACCGCAAGAAAAACCGCCUCAACAAGUGUUCGUGUCUUGUAAUUUCUGCGGUAAAAGUAUUUCGGCCUAUUUGCACGGCCUGAAUAGGGGUCGAACGCCUUUUAGAUUGGGGAGCACAACCGGAAACACAGUGAAGAUUUCCUCGUGUCCUAAUUGUCGAAAACCGUUGCCAAGAUGCGCGAUUUGUCUGAUGUACAUGGGAACCACAACCGGGGAAAUUGAAAAAUCCAAAAUGGUUGAUUUUGACAGCUGGUUCACUUGGUGCCAAACCUGCAGGCAUGGCGGACAUGCCGAGCACAUGCUGCAGUGGUUUAAGGAACACCAAGAUUGUCCAGUGACUGGUUGUAGUUGUAGAUGUUAUGCUAUUGAUGCUGGAAACACGUAAUGUUUUGUAAAUAUGUAGGUAUAUUUUUAUUUUAAUAAAAACAUCGCUUUUAAAUAUA